AUGCGUCGAGAUCGGCAGCUCGAGCUUCUGACCCAUUGGGUGUCAGAGCACAAGGUGGUCCGCCCCGAGCUUGUGCGAUCCAUCUACACAUAUCAGGCAUUGGACUUCUUUGGUAGUGCAUUCCGGACUGGCAGCGUGCAGAAGCUUGACAAGUUGCACAAGAAAAGCAAGGCCACCAAACGCAUAGAUGAAUUUUGGUCGCAUUCCUGGCAAAAAAGACCUUACCAGAAGGUUUUGUGCUUGCUUUUCCUCAAGAACGGUUUCGCAGCCAGUUUGAUCGGCACGCUGGUUGCCAGCAUCGUCUACACCUUCAUGCAUGCUGGCAUGCUGCUCAUUCGCCUCGAUGAUGAAAUCAAUAGCAGAGGAGAACACCUUGGCUUGCCUUUCCUCUGCACUGUCACCGGCACCCUCGUCGCAGUCUCAACGCUCUUCAUCUGGCGCUCUCGCAGUAAAGUCUUUCUGGACGUAUGCUGCAUAGACCAGGUGAAUGUUAAGAACAAGCAAGAAGGAAUCGUGAGCUUGGGCGGCAUAUUGAACAGCUGCAAGACCUUGUUGAUCCUUUGGGACGAAACGUACAUUGAGAGGCUUUGGUGUGUGUUCGAGAUUGCCGCUUUUGCGCACAGAAACAUCAAACCCCGCACGGCUAUCAAGCCAACCCUUCUGGGCAAGGCUGCCCUGGCUGUCUACGCUGGGACUCCAGCAAUGGCAUUGCUCAAUCUUGAAAUGAUGCAUAUAAAGUACCGAUUGAUCAGCUCCUAUGUGCUGCUUGGUGCCUUUGUUGUAAGCUUCUACUGGGGCGUCGCUUCCUUCCGAUCAUACCACUACUCGAUCGAGAUCUUACGCAGGCAGCUGCAGAAUUUUCGUUUACAAGACACAAAAUGCAACUGCUGUACGCUGGGACAUGUUGGUCAUGACGGCAGGACCUUGCCUUGCGAUCGUGAGGUUGUAGAGAGGUGCAUUUGCAAUUGGUUUGGCAGCGUGGAACAGUUUGAGCUCUUCAUCGUGCCCCUGCUUCGCAGCACCCUCGAGAAAGAACUCGGGCAACAUACUUUCCCCUACAUCUACUUCCUGGUAGUGUUCUGUCCAGUCGUCUGGGCAGGGAUGGAUUUGACUGCGGGCCACCGCUGGGGUGGUUGGUGGAUGUUCCAAUUCACAGGCUACUGGCUUGGUGUCAUGCCUGCAACUGCGAAAGUGGGCCUCUACCUCUCCAGCUACUUCUGUAGGCCAAGACGAUAUAAAGUGUGUGACGUGCUGCUGAAUCUUGUGAUCGUCCUGGUGAUGAACGCGUGUUUCAUGGCAAGCCUCUAUGCCGGCACUGUGUUGAAUGCCAAAGGCCGCUGGAUGAACCAGUACACCAAGGACAUGAAUCUCCGAGGAUGCCUGCUCUUCGUCACCUUCUGCCUUCCUGCUGCCAUGCUGUUCGGCAUGCCCGUGCUUGUUCGCUCUGUGCGCUCGCGUGUUGCCGGGACGGAACAGAACUCCGUCUAA